GGGUUAAAUAAAGAAUGACAUCCGGUCGCUCAUCGUCCUCGUCCCCUUCUUGUUGGUUGGGUUUUCCCGAUCCUCCGCCCCAUUUUCCCUUUUCGGCCUUUCCUUCGCUCGGCUCCUCCUUGAAAUCCUUCCGCAUUCUUUGACAAGGAUGCCGAUUUCGAAGAAGGGGAAGCGCGCGAUCAUCUCCAUCUCCUCCUCCUCUUCCGAAGAAGAAUCCGAAGCACAAGAAGAUGAUUCCGAGGAAGAAGAAGAGGAUGAAGAAUCUGAAGAAGGAGAAGAAGAAUCCUUGAGUGAGGACGUGGGCGGAUCCACGGAAGAGGAAGAAGACGGUGACGACGCUGAUUAUGAUGACGAAGAAGAAGAGGAGGAGGAGGAAGAAGAAGAUGACGAUGCGAUGGAUGGAAAGCCUACGGACGAAGAACUCUGCAACAAAGUCAUCGAUCUCCUCCGGAGAAAUAAAAGUCUAGAUAUACUUAAGCUGGAAGAGUGCAAAGCUUACUUGAGGAAGCAUGGGCUUAGAUUAAGUGGGACUAAAGCUACAUGUAUUGAAAGAAUUCUGGAGCACUGGAGGAUAAAAGAUGGAAAUGGGGAAAAAUUGUAUCCAAGGUCAUCCUUUGUUUUCAACUGUACAGGUGAUGUCUGCAAAGGUGAUGUCAUUUUGUUCAAGCAGAGGGUCUAUGAGAAGUUUGACAAAGUUACAAGAGGUGCAAGUAUUAUAGGAAGCCGGACAAUUGCUGGAAGUGUUGUAAAGGAAAGUUAUGGUGCAGCCAAACAGCAACAUACUUUUACUGUUGAAGUGUUGUGGAGCAAAGGUGUGAAGGCACUGCCACCCUUAUUUCCUUUGCUUGUUAAGGGACGUAACCUCUACAGACUGAAAACUUUCCGCCAGCGUUGGGGCAAUGAAGCAGAGAGGUCAAAGGUUCUCGCAGAGAAGCACAGAAGAGGAGCAGCAGCAAGGCAUGCUAGAGCAAUUGUAAAGGCUAUGUCUGCAAACAAAGGUUCCAAGCGCAAGAAAAAUUGCUCCACAACUAGAGCACCUCCUAAGAAAAGAAGAAAGAAAGGGCGGUGUCAUCCUACCAAGAAACAGAAACAGAAUAUGUCUAUUGACAAGUCUCCCGUUAAUGGUCAUGGAAAGACAAAGCAGCUUGCCAUGGGAAGGAAUCUCGCUUCAUUAGCUAGAAAUCCGAGGCAAGUCAGUUAUUUUGAUAAUGGAAUUCAUAUACAGCAUCCCAUCCCUCAAAGGAACCCCUUCAGUGAUCUUUAUAAUACACAACUGGAAUUGUGUGAUAGAAAUAACAUAGUGCCAUCUGAAGCGAAUAGGGGGAUCUUUGGCAGCCAUAUCUACAAUGCAGGCAAUCUGCUGAAUGUGACUGGAAGGUCUUUCAAUGCGGGAAAUUAUCUCAAUGAUCCUUAUGCAGAUUCUCACUUUCAUCCAAGGAGCUCGAUCCAUCCAUCAAGACCACCAGAAUUUCAUUGUCACCCAACAGUGCCUUCAGGAAUGCGGUUCCGUCGAUGGAUGCCUUGAGAUUUGUUUCAGUCCAGGAUGGCUGGAUCCUGCUAAUGAAUUUUUGUUCUGGAUUGUAAAAUGAUACGAAAUCAGUGGAGAGUUGAUAAAAGAAUUCUUCAAUCAAGGCAGUUUGAGUUUUGUCUUAGCUUAUAAAUGUCUUCAUCCCAGGUAAUCAAAGAUUUUGCUGCUUUUUU